GUUCAAUACCUCUAUUCAUAGCGUUACAAUUCGGGAACCAGUCAAGAAUAAAUCGUCCACAGUACGUAGCAGUAAGUGGGAACAACAAUGGAUGAUGACCCUUCACCUGAGGAAAUCAGGAGAAGACGACUGGCCUACUUUGAGUUGACCAAUGGCAGUGUAGCCCAGAGUACAUCCAUAGAGAGAGAAAAGUCACCGCUAGAAACUGCUACAGACAAGAACUGGCUGUCCAACAAUGUCAGAGGAGCUUACAGAGAAAACCAGCAGAUCCUGAAUGAGGAUGAAGGAAGUAUACCCUCAAAAAAUCCCUCAUCAGAUCCAAGUUUUCAAAGUAACAUUAAGGAUAAGCCAACUCCCUCUUCAGAUUCAUGUUUAAAGGAUGUAAAGGAUAAGCCUGACUCAAGGUAUGGUAAAGAGAGAUGGUUGAUAGAGACAGGACCAACGAAACUAGAAGGCAGUUUCUCAGGAGAGGGUGCUGAGCGAGAGAAGAUGGACAGCUUUUCAUUGUUGAGGGAGGAGCUGAGAACCAAGGCUCAGUGUGGGGAUGAGGAGGGAUAUAAUAGUGCUGUGGAGAGAUUGAUCAGUCUGGCCAAACAGGAGAUAGCGGACAGUGAGAACCAGAAGAAUGCGGGUCAGGGGUCGUCUAAAGCCAGGUACGUGGAACACUCACCCAGGUAUCUUCUCCACGGAGACUCCACCCUGCACAAGAACUCCACCCCACCUACUGCUCAGGUCUCACCCAAAAUCGACUAUGUCUCAUCCAAAAAGGAUUUCGUUUCACCAAUUGCUGUGGAGUAUGAAGACUUCUUCAGUAAGUCAGUAAAACACGGGAAAUAUGGGAGUGGUCAUGAAGUGAGAGAGUCCACGGACGAACCAGACGCGCGUCAUCUGUUCCAGAAAUCUCUUGGGAAUGUGGAUGAACUUGGUCUCUCUACGCACAGACCAGAGAGUACUCAGGCUGGUAAUUCUUCCACAUCCAUUGACAGCUUUAUCCAUGGUGAUAUAAGACAGGCUUUAGGAGAAGAAAAGUACAAAGAAUUCAUAGAGAAGUCCGCAAAGGACAUCGAUCAUCUAAACAGUGACCGGAGUUCUUCCCAUGAGGAGAAACAGCAAAAACAGACAAAGCCAAAACUUCCAGAGAAACCUAAAGGUCUGAAUUCAGAGCAUGGGUUAAAGCCAAAAAUCCCAGAGAAGCCUACAGGUCUGAACUCAGAGCCUGGGUUAAAACUCAGCAUUAGUAAGGAAGCCAAUGCAGAAAAGAAUAUGGACAAAGAGAAACCCAAACUGAAUAGACCAAAGUUUGUACCAUCGAAUAUUUACAGCCAGGAUAAUGAAGAAGAAGCAGAAAACCUUAGUCUACCGCCAUCUUAUCGCCAUGGAUAUGAAUCCCUCCAUAGGAAUGUUGUCUUCUCGUCUGAUGAGAUUUAUCACCAGGCCUAUCUGGGUCAGAGUCCCCCAGUCAGUAGGAGUUACAUGGGUAAUCCUGCCCAGUUCUCAAGGGAGUUUAGUCAAGGACAGCCAAAUCCAGCUCCAAGAGUAAGUACAAUGAUGACAGGAAGCGCCCCCUACCCCAUGCCACCAUUCCCUCCCCAUGUACAGCAGCACCCAGUCCGGAUGCCCUACCCCCCACCAGAUGAUCUGAUGUACACGGCCAGGAGCCAGCAGUCCGAGGCCUACAGACAUAUGUAUUCAGGAGUAACACCCCGACCCUACCCUGAGAGCAGGCCUGUAGACAUCCGACCCGAAGUAAUGGACCCCAGCAUGUACAAACCCUGGCCCUCAGAACCCCCUCCACAGCCCUACUACGAGGGUUUUGCGGCAAACGGCAUACCCAAGUCCCCUGACAUGAGAUACAUGUCCCCACAUAUUUCUCAUCCAUUAGAAGGGCACCAUUUCUCUCCCGCUGUGUCACGUAUGUCUGAGAGCUACUACGCGACGGCACCCUUGUCACAGUCUCCAGACGGACGAUUCAUGCCUUUCCAGGUCCCCAGACCGCCCGACGUUCCUAAUGUCCACAGUUCCGGGGAUGCGGGCAAACAUUUCCAACGGAGACCAGACUUAGGUUAUCAUGGACGAGAAGGAGCUAUGAUUUCACCACCUCAAGCACCUGCUAACAUGCGACCUGAGGGAGAGGGAGGGGUCUAUCCACCUUAUCCACCACAGAGGCAUGCUGGGAUACCCUACCCUCCACCUCCGGUCAAUGUGGACUUGGGGUCAUACUUUAACUUCCUUGCGGCCCAAGGUUUUCCUGUACCUUACCCUGUGCCCUACCCCGUACAGUCGGGACAGACCCCCCCACAGGUGGACACACAGAACAAGGACGCCACACAGGACAGAAAAAAUGAUGAUAAAGAGAUGCUGGAAAUGAUGAUACCUCACCCUCCUCUCCAAAAGAAAGAUUCCUCAGAAAAAAUUAUCCACAGGAAAUCUUCCCCACGAAAAACUGUUCCACCAGAGGAGGCACCGAAAAGUGAGAGGGGGUCAGAGAAGGAGAGGGGUCCCAAAAAAACUGAGGGUCAAAAACCGGAGGGGAAAUCUGUAAGCCAAAAACAGCAGAGCAAGAACGCUUCCCAGCGUCAUGUGGAUGAAAUCCGACAGUUCCAUGAACAGCGAAGACAACAAGAGGCAGAUGAGGACGCCUUGUUGGAGAAACAGAGAAAGUUUGCUAAGUCGUCCAUUGACAGGUACUUUAGUUCCCUGGAGAAACUUUACUACAGAGACAGGCAGGACCGAGACCCAGAGGAAGAGGAGAUGGAGGAAAUUCUGGAAAAUUCUCCACAGGAACAGGACUCCGAGGUCAACACAGAGGUCAACACCCAGGUCAGCAAGGUAACAAGUGUCAAGGCCGAGGGAAUCACCGAAAGAAUGAACAAACUUGGACUAGAUCUGUCGUUCCUCAGAGAGGCAGGGAAAAGUCAAGAAGGGGUUCCAAAGGAGGAAGGAAAAACAGUGUUGGUGUGUGAGGAGUGUGGAGAAGUGAACAAGGUGUACAUGAGCUGGUGUGGAGAUUGUGGAGAGUCACUGGCUGGCAUAGAAGUCACUAUAAUAAAGAAACCAAAGCCACCCAGAGUGUCAAAGAAAGACAGAUCGCCUAGUAAAUUUCCACAAAAUAAAGCUCCACCGGGUAAAUCUCCACCUAAUAAAUCCCCACCGGUUCCCAGUGAUAGCUCCAGCACUCAGUCCAGUCAGAAGGACCGAGUCAGGGCGGUGAAGGAGAGCAGGGACAGUGGUCAUCCCUCCAGCGAGGAGAUCGAGAACGCCCAGGCAGGGAGGGAGAUCGAGGAGAUCUUUGAACAUGUGACUGACCCGGUCAUCAAGGGCUUCAUCAGCUCCUACUACAGGAAGAAACAGGCUGAGCUGAUGCAGAACGAGGAAGAUGAAGAUGACGAGGAGGAGAACUUCUUCACCAAGGGCAAAGAGUCUCUGAAUGGAUUUGCUGAGGUAGAAAUGCAGCACAAUGAAGAAGACAAUAACCAGGCUUCACAGAAUCAACCUAGAGUAGACAGUCACCAGUAUGAAAUUGAGAUCUCUAAAUUCAUUGAUAAUGAAGAAGUCUGGCUGCAUGAACGUAAAAAGCCCAAGGAAAAGCCCUUAAAGCACAAGCGAUCUGCACCUAUAGAUGUAGAAGUAUUUAGUGUAAAAGAAAGCAAGCAACAAAGAGAUACAAGUAGAAGUCAAGAGAAAAUAGUUCCUAGUUUGAAUCUCUAUAACAGCAGUGAUGAGGAAAAACCCAGAGUUUCUUUAGACAUUUCCACAGACAGCGAAGACUGGCAGGACUUCUUCAUACCUAAACCUGUGGAGGUGGAAAAAGAGGUCACUCCAGAACCGGAAGAACCGGAGGAUGUCCGGCCAUUCCUGGAGCAGGUGAUGGGAGACAUGAGGUCAUCGCUUCCAACAAAAUCCAAGUCCAAGAAUGCCAGGCCCAAAACAGGAGGAAAGUCUGUGAAAAGUGUGGUGAGGGAAUCUAUUGAGGCCCCUGGAUACGAGAGAAAGUGGCAGAGGUCCAGUAUUGCUUGGUCGUCCUACCACCCUCGAGAGCUCAGCAAGAAGACAAGUCUCCCUCCCCAGAGACCAGGUAGUGCUGGGCCUUCCAGAAGAGGGGGGAGGGGGAGGAACUCUGGUAGUGUGGAGAACCUGGUCAGUAGUCGGCCGAGGAGUGGAGGCGUCCAGAAGAAGCCCGCAGUAAAAUCCAGACCCCAGAGUGCCGACCCUAAAGUCAGGAGUGGCAGUGGUAGGCCUGUCCCCCAGGAGAUCCCGGUCAUGGAGGUCCCAGUUGAGGUGGGCUCUGAGGGAGAGGAGGAGAGGCCCCUGUCAGGGGGACGGACCGAGGAGGAGGACAGAACACAGAGUGGGUCCUCAGAGGAGGGGCGGGGUAUCCCUGGGAUCAAGGUCCUGGAUGUGACCUACCCCCCACCCCCCAAGGCCAGCCAGGACAGCCCGUCCUCAGACCUCCCAGGGCUGGUCAACCACAGGCUCCUAGACACAAAGGACACGGCUCCUCCAGCAGCUGAUCCAGCGAGUGUGUUACACGCCUACAACAAAUACCAUGAGAUGACCCCUCGUAUUCGUGACGGUAAUUUCUCGGUGUGGCUGUGUCUUCCUGACGAGUUGCUGCUGAACAUUUUGUCAUACCUCCCUCACUCUGACCUGGUCAGCUGUGCGCGGACAUGUCACCACUUCUACCGAGUCUGUAUGGACAACACUCUCUGGCGAUACAUCACAAUAAAGAAGAACCACAGCCUGACGGACGAGUCUUUGGAGCGAGUGGGGAAACACCACCCGGUCAGUCUGGCCCUGAUCCAGUGUCAUGGCGACUACAUCACCGCCAAGGGACUCCGCAACCUCUUCAGGGCCUGCGCAAACUCCCUCAAGGAGUUGAACUUUUUUGGGUGUAGCCGAGGGGCCCUCACAGGGGACUGUAUUCUCCUCCAUGCGGCCUCACAUUGUAAGGAGCUGACCCACAUAGAUGCCAGCUGGUGCAAUGUCUCAGACAGCGGCAUCGGAGCCAUCGCCAACUCAGCUAACAGGUUGGAGAGUCUGUGUAUCAAUGGUUGUCAGAUGAUCACGAACGAGGGCCUGAUCACUGUCAUCAAGAAGCACGGCAAAUGGCUUCGUGUUCUGGAAAUGUUUGGGUGUUUCAAUAUCAAAGCAAAAGCAGUCAGCUAUUUAUCAGCGAACUGUAUAAACCUGAAGACGUUGAAUCUCGGCCAGUGUUACAAGUUGACGGACUCCCUGAUUUCACAGUUGUCCCCGAGCCUGAGUAAGGUGGAGACGCUGGAUUUACGGGGCUGUAAACAGAUCAAAGACAACUGCAUCAGAUAUGUAGUGAAGUACUGUAACCGACUCCAGACCCUGACUCUAGCCAACUGUCCCAAUAUCACAGACAUCUCGCUGCUCGAAAUAGCUACCUAUCUCAAGGACAUCAGAAACUUAGAUGUGUGUGGGUGUCGGAACAUGACAGAUGGUGGGGUUCGUGCCCUUGCAAAUAACUGCAGCAAUCUCAGGAGCAUAGAUAUCAGUUCCACAGGAUGUACACAUAGAAGUGUGUUAAUGAUGGCCAAUUUCUGCAGUCAGAGGCUGGACUCUGUCAAAUUAAACUUCCUGUCUGACGUCACGGAGCAUGCCGUCAUUAAACUCGUCAAACACUGUAGACGCCUAAAAUUACUCCAUUUGUACGGCUGUACCAGCAUUAGGUCCCUGGCAAACAUACGAGAUGCCAACCCUCAUGUCAAGGUGGAAAUGUGAGGCCAUCCUAACACAGAGAUGUAAUAGGAAGGCCAUUCUCAUACAAGGAGAGCCUGGCUGGUCACUCACUUGAAGCAACGAAAUGCAGAAGGCUGGGAGAAGUAGACUCUUGACUGAUCAUUUUGUAAACAGAGAUACAAGUAUCAGGUGUUAGAAAUUCUAGUCGUCUUUUACGGAAAAGGAGAGUAAAUAAAAAGAAAUAAGUGUAAGCAGAACCAAUACGAAAAUCCUCUAUUUAUUGACAUUGUGACCUUGACCUUUUUACAGAUGACCUCUGUGUGACCUUCGCAACUCCAGUGUUUUCCUUAUCUGUGAUAGAAGAGUGAUAAAAGAGUCCCUAUUAUUUUAUGAUUUGUUAACAAAGCAAAUGUCUUUUAGACACCCCGACUGCCAUGUUGUACAUUGUACACGUAUUAUAAUGUGUUUGUAUUAAAAUGUUUUGCUGAAACCUUGAUGUAUUGUAAAUUCAAAGCUGUGAUAACUUACCAGAUUGAUGAAUCAUUUCCUAGUUUAAUAAAUGUUGAAAGAU